GAUCUGUGAUCCCGAAGAUGGAAAAAAAAAACCUCUCUACUCGCCAUCUCCUCGUGAGAGCCUGCGUGUAGGGUUUAAGCCGGCGCGUUGUCGGAGAUUUGCAGGAAAAUGCCGUUAUCAUUUCUCCGAUAGGAGGAGGAGGAGGAAGAAGAAGAAGACCAAGAAGAUGAUGCAGAGGGGCAUUAAUCGACUCAUAUCGCUUCGUAGAUUCAUCUCUUCCCCCACUCUUGGGCAGCGUUUUCCGUCCAUCCCCAAAUCUUCCUCCCUAGAUCUCCCGGACCAUGCUUCCCGCCCAAAGUUCUCUUCCUUCGCUGCCGUUGUAGGUUCUAGAAGCUUCACAAAACGGUCAGGUCGAGGCGGAGACGAGCAAGGCGAUUCUUGGGAUCGGAGGUGGAGAGAUUUCGAGGACAAGAAGGGCGGGGACGACGGGAACGCUGGUGGCUGGGAUUCCAUCUCCUCUUGGUCUACGGGGUUGACGGAGGAGGACUUCGAGGGGAAGGCCGUCGGCCGCCGGGUGGGUCCUCAUGCUCCUCCUCCUCCUCCUCCUCCUUCGUCCUCGUCCACGGAGGACGCGGGGCAGGCGGCGGAUACUGACGACCUUGUGGCGGAGAUCCAGAAGGAGAAUCGGCGGAGCAGGGAGUACGUCGAUAGCUGGGAGGAGCGGAUGAAGGAAACUAGGGUUCUGUUGAAGCAGAUAAGGGAGCCUGGAGCGCGAGGUUCUUACCUCAAGGACUCGGAGAAGAGCGAGAUGUACAGGCUGCAUAAGGAGAACCCGGAGGUCUACACGGUCGAGCGCCUCGCCAAGGACUACAGGAUCAUGAGGCAGAGGGUGCACGCCAUCCUGUGGCUCAAGCAGGAGGAAGAGGAGGAGGAGAAGAGGCUUGGCCACCCAUUGGACGAUUCCAUCGAGCUUCUGCUAGAUACUUGUCCCGAAUUUUUCAACUCACAUGAUAAGGAGUUUCAUGUGGCAUCCCUUCCUUACAAGCCGGAAUUUAAGGUGAUGCCAGAGGGCUGGGAUGGCACUGUCAGAGAUCCUGAUGAGGUUCAUUAUGAGAUCUCAGUCAAGGAAGAUGAAAUGCUUUAUCGGGAGUUUGUACAGCGGAUGGAGUUCAACAAGAAGAAAGAAGCUGGAGAGGUAAAGUGCCACAAGUAUAGCAGAAGGCGACCAUCUAAAGGGUGGAAUAUUACAAUUGAAAAGUUAGGCCCCCGUGCAAAAUGUGGAGGAAGCGGUGGCUGGAAAUUUGUGAGCUUGCCUGAUGGUUCAAGUCGUCCAUUGAAUGAAAUGGAGAAAAUGUAUGUUAAAAGGGAGACGGUCCGGCGGCGUCGCAGGAUACUCCCUUGAUUAUUUUUUACUUCAAUUCCUUGAGCUUCGUUCGUUCAUUGGAGGUGGACGAUGCCUACAUGGCAUUCUGUUUUGACUGUUGGAAAAGGAAAAACUUGUUUGAAAGAGGCACGUCUGUACCACUUUUGCAUAAGGUUCGGCAAUGCCAUGCUAUCUUUUUGCUUCGUCAAAAUUGGAGUUUAGGCCAAGGCAAAGGAAUAUCCUGGCCGUAAGUUAUUGGAUUCAGUUUUGCCUGUGCAUCUGUAUUUAGUGGUAUAUCGUCUUUUGCUAUUGUUGUUUCAAUGGCGAUGAAUAUGGCAUGUCUCUUGUUGUGUUCCACAAGAAUGUGUGGGGAAAAUGGAAUCGAAAAACUUCUACA